AUGUAUGUGAGUUACCUUCUGGAAAAAGAAGCCAGCAUGUAUCCAGGGUCUCUACGGUGCAACAAUCACAGCCUGCCAGCACAGAACUUUGCCUCCACCACAUCUUAUAGCGAUUACAUGGGAUACCACCAGGUGCAAAGUAUGGACAACCGUGGACAGCCUGCAGGGACUUGGGGACCUCACUACGGCACGCAAAGGGAAGAGUGGAACUCUUACGGGGCAGGACCUUCCAGCACGGCAACAACCACGCACCUGAGCGGAUCCUCUCCUGGGCAGAUCUCCUACACCUCUGGCAAUUACAGCUCCCUGAACCCUGCUGGAUCGGGGGCCUUGCCUCCCAUAGAUACAAUUAACACAGAGCAGAUCUCUCCCCACAGUCCAAGACACAGCUCUUAUGAAUGGAUGAGGAAAACGGUCCAGUCCACUUCCACAGGUAAAACAAGAACAAGAGAGAAGUACCGUGUAGUUUACACAGAUCAUCAGAGAUUAGAACUGGAGAAAGAAUUUCAUUACAACAGAUACAUAACGAUCAGGAGGAAGUCUGAACUGGCUGCAAACUUAAGACUUUCGGAGAGACAGGUAAAAAUCUGGUUCCAGAACCGCAGAGCCAAAGAACGGAAAUUAAUGAAGAAGAAAAUGACGAAUUUUGAUGGUGGGAGCCUGAGUUCCAUCCAGAGUGACUCAGGCUCGAUGAGUCCCAUCCCGAUUCCUGACCCACAGACUCAUUCAGAGAUGGCUGGUCCUUUGUUUCCACCGCCACCUCCUCUGCCUCCGCUGCCAAUGAACGGGUUGCAGCAUACUGGGAACAUUCAGCAAGUUGUGGCUUCCCAGUAA